AUGCCUACAUACCCGAUUCGCCGCCGACCCCGCGAAUGCAAGACAUGUCUUCCCUGUCGUGCAAGCAAAGUCCGCUGCGAUCGCAAUGUUCCGUGUGGGAAUUGCGUGAAGCGCAACUUCAACUGCUCCUACGGCCGCCCGCCCCCCAAGGAUCCGUAUCCUGUCCCGCCCGCUGCGCCUACGAUUACGAGCACUCUCUCCAAGCCUCCCUACUCUGACUCCCUUCCUUCGUAUACGCCACCCCACCAGGGGACGGCCAGCGGGAGUCGCGAUGUCUCCUACGGCACCGGAACAGCGGCGGAUUCUGUGGUCGAUGACCAGGAUCCGUUGUCGGAUACUGUGAGGAUCACGCAGGAUGAAUGGGAUGAAAUCAACGCCAAGAUGCGCGCAAUGGAACAGAUCCUGGGCAGCUUGCAUUCGUUGUUCGAUAUGCGCCGACAUGGGAAACCUAGCGAGGCUGCACGGGACGCUCCGCGUAGCCACGAGGCUUCGCCCCGGUCCGAGGGCAUCUACGAGCCGGAUAUGCUGAGGACGGGGUCGGUCCAUAUCGGCUCGAGAUCGGCACUGGUGGACAUUCUGAACAAAUCGAAGGGUUCCGAGGAAACUGCGCAGGCGCUACCCAAGGAUGACCUUCUCGCGGAGCUGGCGAUGGGGAACGAGUCGGCCGCUUAUCCUUUUGUCGAUCUGUGGUCGUCCGAUCCGUACACGUUCAAUAUCGCCGGUGUAUGCGGCGUGUUGCCUGACGACGAGCAAUGUCGACGAUUUCUAGGUUUCUAUCGAGAUAUAGCGGCGGUGCUGUAUCCGGUUCUUCCAGACGUCGCCAAAUUAGAGCAGGACAUGAACCGAUUGAUGCGAAAUCGAAAAGCAGCUGGCGGAGUCUAUCGGCCAGAUGCGAAUGGAUUGGUCAAGCCAUUCGGCAUGAAUUUGGCGUUUCUCAGUUUGCUUUUCGCCGUCCUGGCCUCUGGCUGUCAACUGUCCGACUUGCCGGGUAAAGAACGAGAGUUGACUUCCUGGAUAUAUGUUUCCUGCGCAUAUCAUUGUCUGCGGAUGUUGAACUAUGUAUCGCAACCGACAGUUGAAGCGAUUCAGAUCCUCUUGAUCAUCAGCCACGUCCUAUCGUACAACAUGAACGCGGGGGCGUCGUAUACGUUGCUGGGAAUGACGGAACGAAUGUGCAUGGUUCUCGGUUUGCAUGUCGAGUCAUCAGGUUUUCCUCGCGAAAUCCAAGCGGCGCGAAGAAGAGUCUGGUGGGCCAUGGCGUUCCAGAAUAGCCAUUUCUCCCUUGCGUAUGAUCGACCAUCCAUCACAAUGAUCAGUCAGCCGGAAAUCCCUUACGAUCCCAAAUCGAUGCCGGGUCACCGAUCGUACUUUGAAACACUUUGUCGAAUAGUCUCCGUUGUUCUGGAGAUGCUGCGGACGCGCAUGUACCCACAUCAUUCCCAAUUGCGAUACCAUGAGAUUCGGGAAUAUAAGCAGCGGAUCGGGCGAAUCAUGGCCGAAGGUGUUCCACACCUGCGCUCGGAGCGCAAUUGCACCACUCUGGCAGAUCAUAUUGAGCGGACGGAGCUACGCCUGCACAUGUCGUACUAUCUAUCGGUCAUUUGUCGAGUGUCGUUGGAUCCCGAUGCACAUCCGGAUAAUGAACGGCGGGCGAUCAUUCGGGAAGACUGCCUCACGAGCCUGAUGGACACGAUCGAAGCCUUUACCGAGUUGCAUUCGUUCAGCCCGCAUUUCUCUCGAACCUGGAUCAGUCUGCAACGCACCAUCGCGUCUGCGUUCUUGCUGGUCGCGAACCUGGAGGAUCGCUUCCGUGCCCGAGCCGCUCACCUUAUUCAGAAGCUGGAAUUUGUCCUGGCGGACCAUGUGGAUGCAAAUGGUCAGGCAACCCCGAAUAGUCGAACCGAAUCCGCAAAAAAUCUUGCGUCUUCGCUCCGCGCACUCCGUCAAGUGAGCGCAGCACUGCGGGCCAAGGAAUUCCCGAGGCCCGGCUCGGAGACGACCAACACGAUCUCCAACAUCACCACGCCCUUGCUGGUCUCGGCGUCGUCGCCGUCAGUCACCAUCGGCACUAUCGAUGCUCACCCAUAUGUUGCUGCACCGGAGGACAAGAAUAUGCGCAAUAUCCUUGAGAGUGUCUCAGAUGUCAUGUUGUUCCCGAGUAGAGGGAUGGCAGGUUUAUAA